AAAUAUUUGUGUAUUUGAUGCGAACAAGUCAAGUUAAUAAAUACUUACUUAAAUCAGCCUGUCAAGAUGGAGAAAGUCAUAGAAAAACAGCCAGGUGCACAUGUCACCAAGACCGACGAAAACCUCAAAGGGCUUGAAAAUAUUCACACUUUUUACAUCAAGAAAAAGUCAGGAUCAUCCAAUCGACUGGCCGUCGACGCUGAGAAACAAAAGAUAUUUUCUUAUGGCAAAAAAGUUAUCGUCUCCGGUAUGCCACCCGGAGCAGAAAAUAUGCAUAUUCAUCUGGCCACAAUGGGACUUUAUGACAAGGGUGGCGUGGAAUUCAUAGCGAUUGAUUUGAAAGGCAACAUCCGGUCGGGAGACACACUUUUGGGAAAAAUCGAAUGGGCCGAAGACAGUUGUCCUUGCUUUGACAUGAGACAAAUCACUGUCUCAAAUUGCCUCGACGCGAAAGAUGUCGUCAUCCAACCACAAACGGACCUUGCCUGCGGGGGUUGCUGCUUCAGUUCCGGCUUAUGCAGCAGCAUGGUCAAGUACGACAUUUUGGUGGGUGGUAAAACCGUGGGAACGAUGGCGGAAGAGGGAGACGGUCGAGGUCCCAAGGUCGUAUUUCCUACGGCCCUAAACUCUGCGACUAAAGGAGUCAUUGCCGUUUUGUCCUUCAUGAUAUACGAUUCCUUCUGGUAGGCCGCUGUUCGGGAGUGGAAUUUAAAAAAACAUUUACAUACUUAUUUGCUUUAAAAAUUAUCAUCUCUUGGUUACAAUGCUUAUUUACAUAUUUUAUCUUCCAAGAAUAAAAUGAGCGAUUUGAAGA